ACGAACCGACGCUGCAGAGGCUGCAGGCAGCCUCGCAGCCCAGCGCUCAACCGCUGCGCCACCAGGGGAGGCCCCUGGGAUGGGCCGGGGAACGAACUGACACUGCAGGGCCUGCAGGCAGCCUCGCAGCCCAGCGCUCAACCCCUGCGCCACCAGGGGAGGCCCCUGGGAUGGGGUUUUCUCUGGGUAGGGAAGGGUUAAAUUUUCCGUGGCCACCCAGUGGCUCUGGCCACUUGUCCUUCUGAACUUUCCCCUCUCCAACCUUGGUGCACAGCCCUGGUCAGCCCUGCCGAGUCCUCAUGGCCAGCCUGAGCCCCACACAGCUCCAGAAGUUCCGGGAGGAUGGAUUCCUGGUGCUGGAAGGAUUCCUGUCUGCAGACGAGUGUGCAGCUCUGCAACAGAGGAUCAGCGAGAUCGUGGCUGACAUGGAUGUGCCUCUCCACUGCCGCACGGAGUUUUCCACCCAGGAAGACGAGCAGCUGCGAGUCCAGGGCAGCACAGACUACUUCUUGAGUAGCGGUGACAAGAUUCGGUUCUUUUUUGAGAAAGGCGUUUUUGACCAGAAAGGAAAUUUCCUGGUGCCUCCAGAGAAAGCCAUUAACAAAAUCGGCCACGCUCUGCAUGCCCACGACCCUGUCUUCAGGUGUGUCACACACUCCCCGAAGGUGCAGGCCCUGGUCAGAAGUCUGGGCCUCCAGAUGCCGGUGGUGGUGCAGAGCAUGUACAUCUUCAAGUCACGGCUCACCAGGACGCCUCCUUCCUGUACACGGAGCCCCUGGGCCGGGUGCUGGGCGUGUGGAUCGCACUGGAGGACGCCACGCUGGAAAAUGGCUGCCUCUGGUUCAUCCCCGGCUCCCACACCGGUGGCGUGUCCAGAAGGAUGGUCCGGGCGCCGGCGGGCUCAGGGCCAGGCACCAGCUUCCUGGGGGCAGAGCCAGCCCGGGAUGACUGCCUCUUUGUGCCCACACCUGUGCGGAGAGGGGCCCUGGUCCUCAUCCACGGGGAAGUGGUGCACAAGAGCGAGCGGAACCUAUCGGGCCGUUCACGCCACGCCUACACUUUCCACCUCAUGGAGGCCUUGGGCACCGUCUGGAGCCCCGACAACUGGCUCCAGCCAACAGCAGAACUGCCCUUCCCCUCAUUGUACACCUAACGGCCCGGCCGGGCACCGCUCCCAGUGAGCAUGUGGCCAAGGUGCCCCACCUCCAGGCUGCAGCAGGAGGGAGCAUCUCUCUCCCAGGCUAUCCUGGUGCUGGUGUCUGGGCCCCUCGACCCUGCAGCUGGGCAGGCAUGAGGUGGCAGAGGGGCCGGGCUGGAGACUGUUUCCCGAAGACCUCCGCCUCUGCCCCUCGCUCCCUCAUACAGCCUCCCCUCAGCCGCGAAGCGUCCCCCAUGGCUUCUCGCUCUUGUCUCACUGGUGAUUACCGGGCAAGACACUGAAUUAAAACAACUUCUGAAGGCACCUUCUUGGUCUUUCUCUCCCAUGCAGCCUGCUUCUCAGGUGGGGGCCUUGCUGGCAAUCACCCUGGCUUCCCCAGCCCUGCCUGGUGAGGCCAGCCUGACUUGCAUCACGGUAAUUGCCA